UCUGUUUGCUAUUAAAAAACAGAGAGAUUGAUUUCGUUUUGAUCUUCUUUGAUACGAUUUAUCAGGAGAUCGUCAGAGAGGUGUGAAGAAUUUAAAAAAUGGCAGAUUAUCAGAUGAAACCGGUUCUUCAAAAACCACCAGGUUACAGAGAUCCAAACAUGUCGUCUCCUCCUCCUCCUCCCCCCAUCUCUCAACAACCAAUGAGAAAAGCCGUCCCUAUGCCUACUUCUUACCGACCAAAGAAAAAACGCAGAAGCUGUUGUCGUUUCUGUUGCUGUUGCAUCUGCAUUACUCUUGUCCUCUUCAUCUUCCUCCUCUUGGUCGGAACAGCUGUUUUCUACCUCUGGUUCGAUCCUAAGCUUCCUACUUUCAGCCUCGCUUCCUUCCGUCUCGACGGAUUCAAACUCGCCGACGAUCCCGACGGCGCGUCUCUCUCCGCCACCGCCGUUGCCCGCGUUGAGAUGAAGAAUCCGAACUCGAAACUUGUCUUUUACUACGGAAACACGGACGUGGAAAUGAGCGUUGGUUCAGGAAACGACGAGACCGGGAUGGGAGAGACGACGGUGAAUGGGUUCCGACAAGGUCCGAAAAACUCGACGAGCGUGAAAGUGGAGACGACGGUGAAGAAUCAGCUCGUGGAGAGAGGAUUAGCUAAGAGACUCGCUGCGAAAUUUCAAAGCAAAGAUUUGGUGAUUAAUGUUGUUGCCAAGACUAAAGUUGGAUUAGGUGUCGGCGGAAUUAAGAUCGGAAUGCUCGCCGUUAAUUUGAGAUGCGGUGGCGUUAGCUUGAACAAGCUUGAUACUGAUUCACCUCAAUGCACCCUCAAUACACUCAAAUGGUAAAUUUUUAUCAGUAAUUAGGAUUUGGUUUUUGAUGUUAAUUACAUCCAAAUUUUCGAAACUUUAUGAGAUUAUUAAUUAUUACAUUGCAGGUUAAAUAUACAGUAGCGAGACGCAAGGAUUCGAGGAUUUGGAAAAGACGGUGAUCUAACAACAGCAUCCGUAUAAAUAUUUGUAACUUUA